AUGAACAUCAAAGACCAAGAGCUCAAGGUCAUAAAGUCGCUCAAGUCCAAGUACCUGGUCGGCGUGCUCGACAUUUGCGACAUUGACCCAGUCACAAGUUGUGUCGUGAUGGAGCUGCUGGAUACGGAUCUGGAGAACCACCUGGAGAAGAAGGCACCAAGCGGGAGAUUGACACCAAAGAACUUGAGGUUGAUCAUCGACAACUUGGCCCGAGGCUACAAAGCACUAAAUGAGCUCCGCAUCGUCCAUCGUGAUAUUAAGCCUCAGAAUAUCCUGGUCUCGUAUGCUUCUUCAAGCAGUCGCGAGUUCAUCCACGCCAAGAUCACGGAUUUUGGCAUCGCUCGAACCAUCGGUGAAGACGCACUGUGCAACGUUGCCGGCACGUUCUACUACAUGGCCCCAGAGGUCGGAGCAAAUCUCCUCAAAACCUGCCAAUACGACUACAAGGUUGACAUGUGGUCCAUCGGGUGCCUCAUCUACCAGUGUUUGACCGGCAUGGUUCCCUUCGACGAGCGCUACAUGUGCCGCAUGUUCCUCUUCACCGCCGGCCACAACUACGACGCCUACGAUUACCCUGAUCUACCGGAGGAGACCUCGGACUCAAUGUUCGAGCUGAUCCACAGCCUGCUGGAGAUCGACCCGGCGAAGCGCCCCACCCCGCAGGAGUUCCACGACUUUGCCACCGCGUACUCAGAAUUGACGGUUAUCGAGGCUCAGGUG